AAUGUCACACAAAAUGUACAGAGACAGACCUGAAUUUAAAGCAAGAGCUUAAAUCAUAGAGUUUUAUGCUUAUCCAGAAAUAUUCCCUCUUGCCCAUGUGCAAGACUUAAAGGAAAGACUACAAUGAAUCUCUCUCUGUUCCUGUGCAAGGGAUUACCCAUGUGACUUUUUUAAUGUCAGUAAAGCCAGCUGGUCAUACACUCUCAAUCCUGCGUGCGGGAUUGUGGCACAUCUGCAUGUGAUUUCUUUUAUGUGAGCAUGCGUGACUUGUUUUCCCCAGAACGUUUGCUGUCCAGCUCACCUGGUCUCGCUUAACGGUCACACGAAGGCAGCGCUCACUCCGCAGGGGGCGGUUGGCGGUUACCAAGGCGGCCUGGAAGAUGUAAACUCAUGGGUCAUCAAACAGCCCUGCACCGGGCAGCUGUUGUGGGAAACCGUGACACCAUCUCUGCCCUCAUCCAUGGGGGCUGUGCACUUGACCUACAAGACAAGGAAGGAAACACUGCUUUGCAUGAGGUAUCAUGGCAUGGCUUCAGCGAAUGUGUAAAGCUACUGGUCAAAGCUGGUGCCGAUGUCCAAGUGAAGAACAAAGCAGGAAACACUCCUCUACAUUUAGCCUGUCAGAAUGGACAUUCCCAGACUGCUCGAGUGCUGCUGCUUGGUGGAGCUAUGCCUGACAGCAAAAACAAUGCAUGUGACACAUGUUUGCACAUUUCUGCACGCUACAAUCACUUGUCCAUGAUUAAGAUCCUCUUGGGUUCUUUCUGCUCUGUGGCUGAGAAAAACCAGACAGGAGACACUGCGCUCCAUGUCGCUGCUGCUCUAAAUCACAAGAAAGCUGUCAGUCUGUUACUGGAAGCAGGAGCUGAUGCAAACAUCAGAAACAAUACAGGCCACACUGCUCUUGAUAAAGCCCAAGACAAUAACAACCGAGAUUUGGCUAUUCUUCUAGCAAAAUCUAAUCAGGUCCAGAGGUUUGCUCGUGGAAAGACGGUGAGAAAAAGAAGAGAUGUGUUGCAGGCCCAGAAGAGAACUCAGUCCCUCCCCAGAGCUCAACCCUCCCGAGAGAAGGACUGUACUGAAGUGGCUGAAGACACAAACAACAGCGAUCAAGUAUUUCACAGGAUACAACCUGAACGGAACACAGCAACUCUGAGCCCCUGCACAAGGAGAAAGAUCAGGAGUCCGAGAAGGAAGUUGGAACAUGUGUCCCGGAGAGAGUAUCAGCUCCAUGAGAGAGGAUCUUCAUCCCAGAGAGUGAAACACAGCAGCCCCAGCUCUCAGGAGGAAGAUCAAACUCCGGGAAAAGUGUAUCAGCUUUAUACACUAUACAGAGACAAAGAUGGACAGAUAAAGCAGGCUCCUGCAAAUGACUGUCAUUGUAAGCCCCUCAUUAAAACGCUGGAGAAUAAGCUGAAAGCCACAAAGAUGGAGAUGAGGUCAGAAAUUCACACUGUCCAAGAGGAGAUGAACUGCAGGCUCGGCAGAAUAGAACAAAAACACAAGCAUCAGAUUAAAGUGCUUGAGAAACUCACACAGGAGCGUGUGUCGGCUGAGAGGAUGGAGUGUCAUUAUCGAAUCAAUCAGAGGGCCACACUGGAACGCAUGGAGGGCGAAAGAAAACAGCAGUUAGCUGCUACCAAUGCUGUAAAAAGCUGGUGCAUGUCUAAGAUUCAGGAUUUUGAGGUGCAAAAGCCUGUCGAGACACAAUACUACAAACUCCUGCGCUCUCCAUCGGUGGAUCACUCUCUGGUGGACUCAGAUCCCGAGGGUCUCCCGCUGCUGUCGCUCGUCUCUGAGGAGAGCUCCAGCUCACUGGCCACCUACGUCAAUGUGUUACCCAGUCCAGGAGCAGCUCCUAACACCGAUGUGAAAAGUCUUGAGUUUGGGGAUGCAUUUGGGAGGAGAUACUUUGAGAUGAAGCUGAAUGGUUCUUCAGAUGAUUAUCUUAACCUGACAGCUCCUUCCAUGGUUAAACACAAGCCUCUUUCACGGAAGCUGGCGACUGCUGACCCCAAGUGGCAUCGAGCUGAACUGCAGGAGGUUGAUGUCUCAAAGUCGAGGUCAGACAAGGGGGAUGAACUCUGUGACAGCAGUGCCAGCAGUAGCCUGUCCACAUCCAGCAAGCAAUUCAAUGACAGCGAUACAGAACCAGCGCUCGGCCCAGCCUGGAAACACAGCAGGCACCUGAAGGAUAGGAUUAAAGCACACCACACUCAAACCCAGCAGCGCGGCACCAUGAAGACCCUGGAGUUGUUUUCCCAGCGGCCCGUGGAGGUCACCUUCACUCAAGAGCGGGCAAACUUGCACGCCAUGGAGGUGACGCAGCAUUUCUUUGAGACGGUCUCCACGCAGCUGGAACACUGGUAUGAAAGGAAGAUCCAGGAAGCGCAGAAGGUGUCGGAACAGAAAGCUCUGCAGGAUAGAGCCAGUCUACUGGAGAAGAUCAACACGCUAGAGGAAGAGUUACAGAGGCUUCGCACUAACACUAAAACCGACUGUUGACACAUACGGUACAAUGACCACAUACCUGGAUUCCACUUAAUAUGAAAGUCGUGGCAAUAUAAACUAGUUAGGGGCUUUGUAAAUUGUGGUAGAGUAAACUUUAAAGUAGAGUUUUAUUGUACUAUAGUAAAACACAGGGGUGCAGAACUUAUUUAAAAUGUAUAGGACUGUCUCCAAAUCAAAGUUUCAUUUUGACAGGCAUCAUUAUAUGUAGCUUGUGGUACUUUUUUGAGACCACAAUGCCUUGUUACCUGAUUAAGUAUAUCUUUGCUGAGUGUUUAGUAAAGGAGAAAAAAAUGUAUGGACUACGUAUUUACAGCUUAUCAAAGUGAAUUCACCUCAGGUCACCCAUGGAAUAGUGUAUUCUGUCAUCAGAAUAAUAAAAUUCUGUCAUCAUUUACUCACCAUCUUUGUGACCAUCUUUCAUAACAGGGUUGAUAAAGAUUCAGAAUUGAAAAAUUGGCUUCCUUUCAUUGAGCUGGAAUGUGAGUUGGAUUGGCCACAGCCCACAAGAAGUUCAUUUGGGAUUUGAAUUGGAAUGACAGGGAGAAGAAAUCAAAACAGGUAAUGCAUUCUGGGAAAUGAAGUGUUGUACCUUUUUGGAGAAAUAUGUAAAGUAAUUUAGUUUUCUAUACAAUGAAAGUUAAUAAGGACUGGUCUAUCAAAAAAAAAAAAAAAAAAAAAUAGAUAUAAACAUACAAAUAUAAACAAUACAAGUUGUAUAUAUUGAGCACUAAAUCAGCAUAAUGAUUUCUAAAGGAUCAUGUGACACUGAAGACUGGAGUAAUGGUGCUAAAUAUUCAGCUUUCCCAUCACAGGAAUAAAUUAUUAAUAUCUAAUUAUUAAUUAAAUUCUAAAAUAUAUAUAUAUAAAAAAAAGAUUUUUUUUUUUUAAAUCACUAAAAUACUUUACAAUAUUACUGUUUGUACUGUAUUUUUGAUUAAAGCCUGGAUGACCAUAAGAUACUUUUUUCAAAGACAUACUUAUCGACCCCGAACAGUAGUGCGCGCGCGCGCGUGUGUGUGUGUGUGUGUAAUUUAUAUAUUCAUUAUACUGGAUGGCAUCAGGGUGAGUAAAAAUGACAAAAUUUUCAUAUUUCACGAGUUGUAGCUUGUGUGGAUUGCAAUAUUGUGAAUUAGGAAACCUUUUUUUUUUCAGUCAAUUAUUAAUGGCUAGAUAAAUAGUUAAGAUAUAUAUUUUCUAUUUACCCUAGAUAGAAUUACUGUAAGUUACUUGUUGUUGUAAAGUAUGACAUAUUGUUCAUUUCUUCAGUCUGUGUACCUGUACAUGCAAAAUAUAAAAAUAAAUGUUGUAAUUAAAUUACAGUGGUAGCAGUUUAACUUGAGAAUAAAGAGAAAUGUAUGCAAAGAAUGCAGUAUUUUUUGUUGUGAUUGAUGAUACAUGUGAAAGCUAAAAAGUUUGGCGAGGCAAAUGUUGUAUAACAGGUCAUGAUCCGCCAUGACCUCUGCAGCACCACAUUUCUGUUUUGCAGGGGUCCAACAGGUCGCAUAAUCAUCCUAUAUAUAUCACGUAUGAUUUCAUCAGUUAAUCUCCUCGUUUCAUACUUUUC